GGGACCACGGCUCACAGCUCAGCAUCCACGCCACCUCCGGAGACUCCGUGAACGAUGAGGGCACCCGGCUCGAGGAAGGGGAGGCCAGUCCAGAGCAGCAGUCACAGCCGGGGAGGAGGAUGCGGCGAGAGGCUUGUACCUGCCCCAACUGCAAGGAGGCGGAGGGAAGAGGCCCCGGGGACCCCGGCAAGAAGAAGCAGCACAUCUGCCACAUCCCCGGCUGUGGGAAGGUGUAUGGGAAGACGUCACACCUGCGGGCACACCUCCGGUGGCACACGGGGGAGAGGCCGUUCGUUUGCAACUGGCUCUUCUGCGGCAAGCGCUUCACCCGGUCCGACGAGCUCCAGCGGCACAAGCGGACGCACACAGGCGAGAAGAAAUUUGCCUGCCCGCAGUGCCCCAAGAGGUUCAUGAGGAGCGACCACCUCUCCAAACACAUCAAGACCCACCAGAACAAGAAGGGGGUCCCCACGCUGGCCCCCAACCCGGCGGCCGGACCCUCGGAGGCCGCGCCGGCCGGCACCCCCCUCAUCUCGGCCACCGGGGUGGUGAUGGAGACCAUCCCCCACGACGGCAUCGCCCGGCUGAUGAGCGCCGGGGGCGGGAUCUCUUAUGACUCUGUAAUAAUGUCAAAAAAAAAAACCUGUUUGCCUAUUUUGUACAAAGCCGAGUUUGACCGUAGUGUUGUAGAAUCUCAAUAUAUACCAGCAAUUAAAAAAGUUUUUAAUAAAAACAAGGACACCCCCUAUCCCUCGUCCACUCUGUGCCUCAGUUUGACUCGGACACCCCCUGCGCGCUUUGAACAGCGGGAGACCGGCUUACGAAACCAUUCAGCGGACGGGAAUGAAAACUGA